UAAACGGCCGCCAGGUUGUUUCAGACCUGUCGUACUCAGGUUGUGAAGAAAGAAAACAUGGCGGUUGUUCGCCUUCACAUGUUUUGCCUUGUUGUAGCCAUCUGGGUUUGUGUUUCUUCUUGUGGUGCCUCAGCUGGCCAGGAUGCGGGACCAGUUGUGUCCACCGUGAGUGGAAAAGUUAAUGGAAUGAUCACACACACAACCGACCUUCCCGACAAACCGAUCUACACUUUCCUGGGCAUCCCGUACGCAGCGCCCCCUGUUGGAGACCUCCGGUACCGCCCGCCCGAGCCUGCCCCCCCGUGGGAGGGGGUCAGGGAGGCCGUGGAAUAUGGUCCUUACUGUCCGCAAAAUCUUACCAUGCUUAGCCAGCUAGAAGCACCUAUCGCGUUUGGAGAGGACAUGACCAUGAACGAGGACUGUCUGACGGCCAACGUUUACACUCCGACUGUAGAUCCAGAUGCCAGUUUACCGGUCCUUUUGUGGAUCCACGGGGGAGGUUUAAUGUGUUUUUACGGUUCACCUCCUGGAUGGGAGGCCAUUGCUGCUUACCAAGACGUCGUGGUGGUCUCCUUCAACUACCGUCUCGGUGUGCUGGGUUUCCUCAGUACGGGGGACGAGAACAUGCCAGGAAACUACGGAUUCCUGGAUCAGGUCCGUGCCAUGGAAUGGGUGAAGGAGAACAUCCAAAACUUCGGUGGAGACCCAGAAAGAGUCACCAUAUUUGGAGAGUCGGCAGGCGCCAUCAGCGUUUCCUACCAACUCCUGUCACCCCUCAGUAAAGGUCUGUUCCAAAGAGCCAUCUCACAGAGCGGUACCUGGAAAACAUUCCCCGUCAACCCCCAGCCACUCGCAGUCACUAAGAUCAUCGCAGAAAACGCCGGUUGCGAGUCGACAGAAGACACGGCAAUCCUAACGGCCUGUCUGAAAGAGAAGUCACCUGAAGAGCUUCUUGAUGCAUUCCAGGCCUUAGGGCCAAUGGCGUAUCUUGUACCGGUGGUUGAUGGAACAUUUCUGACGACUGACCCCUCGGAUCUGAUGAAGAAUGGAGAAAUCAACACAGCAGACUAUCUUCUUGGAUUCAACAACCACGAGGGUGGCUGGAUGGGGCUCUCAAGCUUUCUUGAAGGGGACCCUCACGAUGGCAUAACUCAAGAGGAAUUUGUGAAACUCCUCAAAACAACAAUGUCAUUUAUCCACCAUAGCAAUCCAAACUUGGACAAGAUGGUGGAUGCCGUUGUCGCGGAGUACAAACCGACUAAUCCCGACGACCCGAUGUCAAUCCUGUACCAGUUUACACACACCUCGGGAGAUUCCUACUUUGCAGCUCCCACAAUUCUUGUCGCAGAGAGUCAUACCGAUGCCGGUAGUCGUGUCUUCCUGUACGAGAACCAGUACCGACCCUCCAUCCACCCGAACAAACCCGACUGGGUGGGAUGUGAGCACGGAGACGACCUUUUCAUGCUGUGGGGGUUCCCGUUCCUCGAGGCAACUAGAACUGUCAAAGCAAUAAACUACAGCAAAGAAGACGAGGAGGUCACCCUCGAGAUGAUGGCGUACUGGGCAAACUUCGCACGAACCGGCGACCCGUCCGACUCCACCGGCGGCCCCACUGACAGCCCCUCCCUGCCGACCUGGCCUCAGUACACACCUGACAACCCGGUCUACAUGAAGCUGGACGUGGUGCCGACCACAGAAGUGGGGUACAAGCCAGAGAAAAUGAAGCUCUGGAACGAAGUCAUUCCUCAAAUAGCUGCUGAGAAGAAAGAUGAGCUUUGAUGUCAGUUUAAGGAUAGAUGUCAAACCAGUAACUAUAGCAAGUCUUUGAAAGUCAACCAGAUUCUUGUAGUCUAUGUUUACUCUAUUGCAAUUGAGUACACUUUUAAAUGAGUCGAUCUUGCAGUCUCUUUACCACUUGUUGUGUCAAUAAAGCUUUUGUGCUUUUUAUGGCUUAU